UCUGAGAUGGUGAGAUGCACAAAUGUGCACAAAUGCCAACAAAGUCAUUGAGCAUCAUUAUAUUAUGGACUUAGUGUAAUGAAAAUAGAAACUCUCAUACCACCCCUGCGAUGGAUUAAAAAUAAAUAUUUUUAAAAUUUGACUCCAUCGUCAAAUUGUAAUAAACAAAUUCCAAUAACUGUGCACAAUUUGUUGUAUUUUCAUUCGAAAUUCUAACAUUAACUUAGUGAUUGAGUUUGUUGAAAACAACAUCAAGUGAUGCUAGAGUGACAAUAAUGAUUCACUUGAGUGUUAAUAACAAUUUAUCAUCAUCUAUAGUAAUAAAUUGAAUUGACAAGACAAAUAUUCAUUAUCAAUGAUGGAUAACGUAACAGGAAUAUUAAGAGCUAUGUGCUGUGGAUUUACAGAUAGUCUCAAAGGUGCUAUGGUACUUUUUUACAUGGAUAAACAUAUUAAUGAACGACUUAAAGCAUCACCCAUAAGAAUCGAUAGAAAAGAUGCUAAUUCAAGCCCUAAAGUUGUAUUAAAAGGACAGAGAGAAUCGAAAAUAUUGAAAAGAACAAUUCAAUGCUGUGCCUUGAAUGGCGGAGUUUUUUGGGCGAGCAUACUUAUUUUUGAAUGUGGAUUAUUGCCACUUUUGAAAUAUUCACUAACAAUUGUUUUUGGACAUUCCCCGGGUAUGGGUAUGAUGGUUUGGUCAUGGACACAACCAUUUUUGUCACUGACAUUUGGUACUGUUUGGGUUCUACCACUUUUUUUGUUGAGUAGAAUAGUUAACAGCUUAUGGUUUCAGGACAUAGCAGACAGUGCAUAUAGAUACAGACAAGGAAGACCCCUUCUGCUGUCGAGUGUUAGCAAACUGAUAGCUGAUACACUCUUCAGUAUUCUCGUCCAGGCUCUAUUUCUUGGUCAGGGUAUGCUUGUAUCGAGGAUACCAAUACCACCUAUUGGUGAUGUACUUGCACUAAUACAUAUGUGCCUUUUAUAUUCUCUAUAUGCAUUCGAAUACAAGUGGUUCAAUAUGGGUUGGGAGCUACAUAGACGACUGACAUUCAUUGAAGCCAAUUGGCCAUAUUUCGUUGGCUUUGGUUUGCCAUUAGCUGUUUUAACACAAUUGCCCAAUUCUUAUGUUAUAAGCGGUUGCGUAUUUUCAAUUUUAUUUCCACUGUUUAUUGUCAGCGGAAAUGAGGCUCAACCAGUAACAGGAACCUGUGAUUGUCCUUUAAAAUUAUUUUCUCCCGUCAUUGCAAUCGCCAAUACCCUCUUCAAUAAGACCAUCGGUCCAGUACAGCAUCGGUAAUGACGGUUGAAUACUAGUUGAAAAGAAAAACACAACAACAACGACAAAUGGAAAUCAAAGUAAUGGAAUCAAUUAAUGAUAAAUUUACAAUUAAAUUAAAUGUGUAAAAAUGAUAAUUAUUGAAUCUAAUCGUUGUGGAGUGAGGAUCAAGUUUUUUUUCUUUUCCUAGUUCUACUUUAUCUAUGGAACAUUAAGAGUAAAGGAUAACAUUACUGCCAUUUGCAAUGAGGAUUGAUAUUAGUAUAAUCGACUAGUCAAUCAUUUGCAGUUUUAAAAGUAAAAAGUGGUGUCUUUUACAUUUCAUGAAUUGUGAAUCAAGUAAUGUAUAAUUAUUGCGUCUUUACUCCUGACAAAUUUUAAGGAAUGAAUCAAGAUCGAAGGGCUAUUCAAAGAAUUUCGAAUGGUGGAAUGGAAAAACGCUAGCAAAUGUAAAUAUCAAUGUUUUUUUUGCUUUAUUUAUCAUCAUUUCGUCGUAUUUCAUAUGAAUUACUGCUUUUUUACACAAUUAUACAUUGGAUAAAGUAAAAACAAAUUAUGUGAUAACUCUUCCCCUUCUUAUACCAACAUUGGACAACUUUCUAAUAUUGAUAUAUUAUUCCUAGAUGGUUAUCAAAUGUAAAUUUAUUUAUAGAGCAAAUUAAAUAUCAUGUUCACAAGGUUCUUCCUUCACUCUAUAAUCAGAGAUGAAUGCAAAAGUUCUGUGUAAUACUGAAAAAUUAAUGCCAGGAUCCAUUUCUUCUUCAGCCAUGGCAAUCAUUCCAUUCUCGCUAGGCUGACUUUUGCUCACCUGUUUGAUAAAGUAAUAAAAAUAAAGUCAAUGAAAAAUGAUGAGAAUAUCACUGUCAAUGGAUAUAAAAUUAUGAAAAAAACACAAAAUAUCACUACUUCAAAACGUUGGGUUUUGUAAAGAGACAGCCUUCUCGUUCCAGGCGAACUCUGAAUUAAAUUCUGUAUAGUAGGCUGCGAUACACCGAAGAAAUAUCCACCCUUUGGUGGUAUAUUGCAGAGUAUUGAAGAUAUCGAUGAUAAUAAUUUAACAUGACAUUCAUCAGGACUUGCACCCACUAGGGGUUGAUCCAAAUCACAGUCCGAGACUAUUUCAAAUCUGAACAGUAAAAAUCAAAAUAAAAAUUGAGAUAAGAAUUGUAUAUAUAAUAAUGAAAAAUAGUCCUACCUGGGAUUUGCACCUCCAUCUAAAAUUUUACAAGUGUACAAAGCCUUUAUUCGUGGAUUCUUGAGACUUGCAUAAACUCUUGUACUGCAAAAGCCAACUGGAUAAAUGUGAUCCUCGGUAUGAUAAGCAACUCUAUCGGUUAUUACUUCACCGAGUGAAUAAACAGUCAAAUCUCCAAGAGAAAUUGGAAAACGUGGUCUUCCAUGGACAUCAAGAGGCAUCAGCUGUACCAUUUUUUUUGCUGUCUUUCCAUAUCGUCUUGCCUUUGGUUUUACCUCUUAUAAAAAGAAGAAAGGCAACAAUUAAAAACAAAAAAGCUUGGCAU